CUGGUUCAGUAUCCAGUAGAGGAAGUGACGCGCCCGUUCCCGCCUUCCCCCUCCCGACCCACUCCUCCCAGCUCGCACCGCCUCCGUGACUGCCUAGCGCUGCCGCUCCAGGCGGAAGAUGGCGGACGGAGUGGAUCAUAUCGAUAUCUACGCAGAUGUGGGCGAGGAAUUUAAUCAGGAAGCAGAAUAUGGUGCACAUGAGCAAAUUGAACUCUAUGAGGAUGUCAUCUCACCAUCUGCAAACAAUGGAGAUGCUCCUGAGGACCGCGACUAUAUGGAUAAUCUAGCAACUUCUGUUGGAGAUGAUGUAGUGAAAGGAUCUGUUCCUAAUAUUGUGUAUACCUAUACUGGUAAACGAAUAGCACUCUACAUUGGAAAUCUAACAUGGUGGACAACUGAUGAAGACUUGACAGAUGCUGUUCAUUCUUUGGGUGUUAAUGAUAUUUUGGAAAUAAAAUUUUUUGAAAAUCGGGCCAAUGGCCAGUCAAAGGGGUUUGCACUUAUAUGCGUUAGUUCUGAAUCCUCAUCAAAGAAGCUUAUGGAUCUUUUGCCAAAAAGAGAGAUGCAUGGCCAGAAGCCGAUUGUUACACCUUGCAACAAGCAGUUCCUUAGUCAAUUUGAAAUGCAGUCAAGGAAAACAGCUACACAGGCUGGCCAAAUGUCUGGAGAAGGAAAAGCUGGUCCCCCUGGCGUCAAUGCUCGUUUACCAUUUCCACCGGGUGGCAGAGGGAGGGGCCGCUUCCCAACUUCAGGUCCUGGUGGUGACAGGUUCCCUGGGCCUGCUGGACCUGGAGGGCCUCCACCACCUUUUGCAGCAGGGAUGACCCCACCAAGACCUCCUAUGUGCCCUCCAGGUCCACCAGGACCCCCUGGCCCGCCUCCACCUGGACAGCCUCUUCCCCCUCCUUUGCCUGGACCUCCAAAUCGUGGUGACCGCCCUCCUCCUCCUGUUAUGUUUCCUGGCCAGCCAUAUGGUCAACCUCCCAUAGUCCCACUCCCACCUGGUCCACCGCCUCCUGUUUAUGGCCCGCCUCCUGGUCCACCUCCUCCACAGCAAGGCCCACCCCCACCUCCUGGUCCUUUCCCUCCGCGUCCUCCAGGUCCACCAAUGGCACUUGGCCCUCCUCCUCACUUACCAGGACCGCCUCCAGGUGGACCACCACCAGCUCCACAUGUGAAUCCAAACUUCUUUCCCCCACCCGGUAAUGCUGGCAUGCCUUCUUCAGAUAGUCGGGGCCCUCCCCCGUCUGAUCCAUAUGGUCGUCCACCUCCGUAUGAAAGAGGAGACUAUGGCCCACCAGGAAGGGAUAUGGAUGUUGUCCGAGCACCUUUAAGUGAGGCAGAGUUUGAAGAAAUAAUGAAUAGAAACAGAGCAAUUUCAAGCAGUGCAAUUUCAAGAGCAGUCUCUGAUGCCAGUGCUGGUGACUAUGGAAGUGCUAUUGAAACUUUGGUCACCGCAAUUUCUUUGAUAAAGCAGUCUAAAGUUUCAGCAGAUGAUCGUUGCAAAGUUCUGAUAAGUUCCUUGCAGGAUUGCCUCCAUGGGAUUGAAUCAAAGUCUUAUGGUUCAGGGUCUAGAAGACGUGAGCGUUCAAGGGAAAGGGACCACAGUAGGUCAAGAGAAAAGAGCAGGCGGCAUAAAUCCCGUAGUAGAGAUCGCCAUGAUGAUUAUUAUCGGGAAAGAAGUCGGGAGAGAGAGAGACACCGGGAUAGAGAGCGGGACCGAGACAGGGAACGGGACAGAGAGAGAGAGUAUCGUCAUCGUUAACAGCUGAAAGAAGAGGAACGCCUUGAAAGAGCAGAAGUUCUCAUCAUAAAGAGGAGGAUGCUUGCCCGUCUCUUUGCUUCUUAUGAUUCACCUUCUCAGAAUUCAUGGAUAUUAUGAGCAGAGAUAGAUGUGAAUAAAGCAAAUCUGCAAACAUGGUAACCAGUAGAUCUUUUAUUUUUUACAUUGCUUAAAUGUUUUAUUUCAAUGAAACCUGUGUGACUUAAACAUUAAUAGCUUUUGCUACUUUGACUGGUUAUAAAAUACAUUUUGGCAAUUUAUAAUGUGCAAGCAAAUGGAAAGUCCAGUUCUUUCUUGUUUUUAUAGUAGUUUGUUCUUGUUAAAAUGUUCAUGUUCAGAUAAUGUCUGUAAAUGUCACCAUCCUGAUUACAAUAGAUGUAGUGUUGGAAUAAACUGUUAAACGGGGCUGAUGUGUAAAACUGUUCAAGUUAUUUGGUGUUUACACCUCAGGGAAAGUCUUGCAGUAGCAAUAUUUUUACAAAUAAUACAAAGAAAAAAAAAAUUUAUACCACAAAUUGCACAGCUUUUUUUUUUUUUUUAAGGUGUGCAUUGUAUUCACAAUUGCUUGUUUUGUUUUUAGUUAAACUCCAUUGUUAACUGUUUUAUUACACUGCUUUUCUGAAUGUUUUCAUGGAGACUUGGCAUAUUUCUUGUCCCUAAACUGUAAUAGUAAAGAUCUAGUUAGCUGGUAAAGCCAUGGCAGACAUGCUCCACUUACUGCUUGUUCACAUUUCAUGUUUCUGUAUUUUAUGACCCUGUAAGUAGAACUGUUUUUCCCCCAAGUCUUCCCUACUCAGUAAUUUUGACUCAACUUUUCUAAAAUACUUAAAGCAGUGCUAAUUUUGUUCUGAACUGUUUGUGUGACUGUUUACCUUUUUAGCACACACUUAUUUUCUUUCUGUGAAAGACAAUGUAAAUUGUGGCUUAUUUUCUAAAAUGUAAAGUUUGACUAAUACAAAAACUUGACCCUGUUUUUAAGAACUGGGCACAUUUCAUUUGUUUACCCUUAAAUAGUAAAGCAUGAGGGCAUAGUUGCUGUAUGUGCAGAACCCAGGCUUUGCAUAUUCUCAUAAUAUUAAUAAAAGCUGUAAUUACUGCCAAGGCUGUCACAGCAGUUUAUAAAUGUAAAUAUGCAAUGAAGGAAUGUUCAGUACAGCAAGUUAUACCCUGAUGUUUUUUCUUUUACAUAGGGUAAAUCACUGGAUUUAAAGCUGUCCUUUAAAACAGGGUCUUAUUUUCUCUUUAAUGGGUUAAUGCAUAUGGCCAUGGUUCACAUCCUCAAGCUUGUUCUAAUCUCCAAAGAUUUGAGUCAUUUUAGUGUUCUCAGUUGGUGUAUGAUUGUACAUAAGCCUCUGGCACCCUUUAAUGGGAAUGAUCAUAAAAACAAUUUUAAUGACAAUGUUAAAAAAUGAUUUGAUUUGCAUAAAAGUUCUAAACCUAUAAAAGUUAAAUGUAGAUUUGCUGUCUGUCAGUUUGGGUGUCACAUAAAACUUGAUUCAGAUUUCUUCCUGCCAACUUCAUUCUGGUAAGAAUGUCUGGUCAUCUAGCAAUGACAAUGGUUCAUUUUGUAAAUCUGUUAAAUGGGCGGUGGGGCCCUGAUCAACAGGGAGAGAGAGUAACCAAAAACUACAUUUUACUCUUUAUAAGUUCUGAAUUUUAAUUGAAAAUUUUGUUUUAUCGUUCCCCACACCAUAUUAGAGUUUUGUGACAGUUUUUCUGCAGCCAGCCUUGUGGUUGAUUAAGUAUAAUUUCACUGCUUUUAUGAAUCGUAACUAUUUCACGCCUGCUAUAUUAAUGAUUUUUUUAUGUACAUGAAUAUGAUGUGAGGGGGAGAGUACAACAUAUGUUUUACAAAUAAAUAGCCAUGGUCCUUUUCCUUCAAGACUGGUUACCUUGCAAAUGUAGUAUGAACAGCUAUUGUAGAUAAACUAUUGCAUAACCAGGUAAGUAAUGUAUCCUUAACUGUCAGCUAAUUUUGAUAGAUUAAAUACUCCCAGUACUGCUUAACUGGGCAGCUGUAUUGUUAAUGUACAUAAAAGUUUGUUUUGUAAUGAACGUCUGUAAAAAUGAUCCCAAUUGCUUGUAGCUAAUACGGCCCAGCAUUCACAUCGCUCACAAUGAUCCCAUUUAAAUGCAUGGUCAUACUUCAAUUCUGCAUACAGAAAUAAAGGAAAAAUGUUGUAUUCCUUUUUGCAGCAUUUUAUUAAUUUUCCAUUAUAAGCAAUCCUGUGCGGGCAGAAUGACAUCUGAUUGUGGUCAGAAUACUAACUUUUUAAAACUAGUUGUAUAAUAACAAAAUGAUUACAUCCGUCUCCUGUGUAAAUAUUGCCUGCAUGUGGCAGAUUCCACACACAAGAUUUUUCAUAUAAAUGUUAAUUUGGUACCCUAUUACCAGAUGUGUGACCUGUAAAGUGUAGUGUGCAAGUGUUAUUUCUAAUUAGCUUGUUUGCUAGCUGUGACUUGUGAGCCAUUUUUUUAUAGGUAAGUCUUUGGGUGUUUGCAAUGAAACUUUUUAAAUGCUUGUUUAACUAACUGUUCAUCCUUCAUUGAGCUGUUAAUGUUUCUGAAUAAUAAAAACAUUGCUGAAAACUA